UACACCCUAAACCCUAAACCAUGGCUCUCUCUCUCGUUUUAUUGCCUUUUUGGCGCUGUUCAAUCAGAUUAUUUCUACACCAUCUUCCUAGAAAUUCAUUUCGAAACAGAAAAAUUCUUCAUACCCAAUUUCACUCACUGUCACAACAAAAUGAACCUCAUAGUCAUCACCCUUUUAUGGUUCCAGAUAAUUCUCUUUGUAGCCCAGGCUCUUUAUCAAUUCCAAUAUUCCCACUUUGUUUCAAAUCUAUCGAUGACAUUUGGUCUGAGAUUGAUCAUAAAGAUCAACAAAACCCACAUCCCCAACAUUCCAUUGAUGUUCAGCAAAAUCCUUGCCAAAGUCGACAUGCUUUUGGGGAAAUGACUUCGGAAGAUUUCUUGGUGAAAGCUGGAGAUGUUCAAGAAGCUUCUUCUUCUUCUUCUUCUUCUUCUUCUUCUUCUUCUUCUUCUUCUUCUUCUUCUUCUUCUUCUUCUUCUUCUUCUUCAAUGAAACAGCAGCUAUGUUCUGUGAAUAACAACAGAUCAAUGGUGGAUUUGAGAGAAAUUGGGUUGUCUUUGUCUUAUCAACAAAAUAACGAUGCUGUAAGAAUCAGAAAUAUGUCCGCGAAUUUCUUUUUAAAUUAUCAAAUGCUCACCCAAUCUGUUGGGGGACCUUGUGAUAACAAUUUAAUUGAGAAAUGUGAAGCCUUGAUGAGUGAUUGGGUUGAGCCUAACAACAAGAAGAGGAUCAUUGGUGGUUCUACUGAAGUUGUGUGGCAGCGGAGACAACGCAGGAUGAUAAUAAAUCGCAACUCAGCUGCUCUAUCUCGGGCUGGAAAGCAGAUUAUGCAAAGAAAACAGAGUGAAACGAGACAGAAACCAACAGAAAAGUUGAGGGCAAUGAGGAGGAUAGCAAGUUUGGCUUGAUGAGGAGGAGAAGUGUAUGUGUCAUUUAUUUUUCAAACUUCAGAGUCAUGACUAUUGCAGAAAUCAGAAGGACGAGAUUGAAUUCAUUAGAAUCAUUGCUUCAUAUUUUGUUAUGAAUUUGAUCCACUGUUUCAUAUUUUUGUUAUGAAUUUGAUCCCUGUGCAAAAUCAUGUGCUAGAACAUUGUAACCAAAUCUGGAAUUCUCAUAGUGUAUCUUUUGGUAUUUUAUUCAUUGUCUCUAGAUUUAA